GCGCCCCUCCCUUGCCCCCCCGCCCACCGGGCACCUGGGCGCGAGGCGGCCGCCGCCAUCUUGGUGCGGGGCAAGGGGCCGGCGGGCGGGGCGGAAGCGGAAGCGGAAGCAGCCUCCGGCGGGGGCGGGGCCAGCAGCGGCGGAGCGGCCGGGCCGAGAUGACGGUGCACAACCUGUAUCUCUUCGACCGCAACGGGGUCUGCCUUCACUACAGCGAGUGGCACCGCAAGAAACAGGCCGGCAUCUCCAAGGAGGAGGAGUUCAAACUCAUGUACGGCAUGCUCUUCUCCAUGCGCUCCUUCGUGGGCAAGAUGAGCCCCGUCGACAUGAAGGACGGGUUCCUGGCCUUUCAGACCAGCAAGUACAAGCUGCAUUACUACGAGACCCCCAGCGGGCUGAAGGUCGUCAUGAACACGGACCUGGGCGUGGGCAACAUCCGAGACGUUCUCCACCAGAUCUACAGCAACAUCUACGUGGAGUUCGUGGUGAAGAACCCGCUAUGCAGCAUGAGCGAACCCAUCCAGAGCGAGCUCUUCCGCACCAAGCUGGACGGCUUCAUCCGUGGCCUGCCCUUCUUCUCGGCCCGGGCCGGCUGAGCCCCCCGCCCCCCCCGCGGCUGGCCCCCGCCGUGCCUCUCUACCAGGCAAACCACGGCCCCGCGGCCUGCGCAGCACCCAGCCCAAGACACGGCUGAGCCCCACCCUCCCACCCCCUUCACAGAUCAGACGGCCUGGCCCUCCGGGUGAGCCUGCAUCCCACAAUUCCCUGCAGGCUGGUGCACCCCUUCCCCACCCAGGGGACUAGCUAGGGGGGCUCGCUCAGUCUGGGAGGGGAGUGAGGUCUAGUGAAUAGAGCAGGGAUGUGCAGGCUGGGAGCCAGGACUCCUGGGUUCUGCCUCUGAGAGGGGAUCUAGUGGGUUAGAGCAGGAGGUCAGGAGUGAGGCUUCCUGACUUGCAUCCUCCUCUCCUCUAGACCGCAGUCCCCAUCCAGCCACAGGAAUAGAACCCCGGAGUCCUUGCUACCAGCCCCCCUCCCCGCUUUAGCCCCCCUAGACCACACCCCAGCGGUGGGGACAGAGCCCAGGAGUCCUGGGUCCCAGCACCCCCCUACUCUAACCACUAGCCCCUACUCCCCUCCCAGUGCUGGGGAGAGAACCCAGGAGUCCUGGCUCCCAGCCCUUUGCCAAGCGGGAUGCGCGUCUCCUGUUCAGUGCGGCAUUAGUGGGUGUGUUCGGACCUUCCCUGCGCUGGGCGGGCGCUGGGGUUGUCCCGGUGGCACUGGGCCGAUCCCAGUUCUAUGGUGGAGGCUCCUUGGUGAAUUAAAAUGUUGCUCUCCGA